CCCGAGCCUGGUUUCCACAGGGACCGUGUGGCCUGCACAGACGACAGCACCCCCGGCGGGGAGAGAGGCCUUGUCGGCCCAGCGGGGACUCGGCAGGGCUCAGGUUUCCUGGACCGGAUGACGGACCUGAGCCCGGGGCACGGACGGCGCUGGCCGGGCACAGGAUGCGCAGCUCGGAGAGCGCAUCCCGGGCAUCCGCCCGCGCUCGGCCCCGCGGCGCAGCUGCUGCAGAUCCGCGGGGGCAGCCACCUCCUCCGGGGGCUGGCAACGGCAGGACUCUCCCCUCCCCGGCCCGGAGCCCUCCCCUGCAGGGGCCGCGGGGCGGAGUCGCCCACCUGUCAUCCGAGACGCCCCACGUGGGUCGGCAGGAGAGGGGGCGGAAAGGAGGGAGAAAAGGCAGAGGCGUCGAGGGAGGCAGGAGAGAAAGUGGGGUGGACAGAAGAGCGAAGGGACUAGAGGGAAGCUCACAGUAGCUGCGCGGAGAGGGAGCGAAGAGCAGAAGGAGGAACAGAGGCGACCCAAGACACCCAGAGAGGGACAGAGAACCAUGGAGUCUGGCAGUACUGCCGCCAGCGAGGAGGCACGCAGCCUUCGAGAAUGUGAACUCUACGUCCAGAAGCAUAACAUUCAAGCACUGCUCAAAGAUUCUAUUGUGCAGUUGUGCACUGCUCGACCUGAGAGACCCAUGGCAUUCCUCAGGGAAUACUUUGAGAGGUUGGAGAAGGAGGAGGCAAAACAGAUUCAGAAUCUGCAGAAAGCAGGCACUCGUACAGACUCAAGGGAGGAUGAGAUCUCUCCUCCUCCACCCAACCCAGUGGUUAAAGGUCGGAGGCGACGAGGUGCUAUCAGCGCUGAGGUCUACACGGAGGAAGAUGCCACAUCGUAUGUUAGAAAGGUUAUACCAAAAGAUUACAAGACGAUGGCUGCUUUAGCCAAAGCCAUUGAGAAGAAUGUGCUGUUUUCACAUCUUGAUGAUAAUGAGAGAAGUGAUAUUUUUGAUGCCAUGUUUUCGGUCUCCUUUAUCGCAGGAGAGACUGUGAUUCAGCAAGGUGAUGAAGGGGAUAACUUCUAUGUGAUUGAUCAAGGAGAGACGGAUGUCUAUGUCAACAAUGAAUGGGCAACCAGUGUUGGGGAAGGAGGGAGCUUUGGAGAACUUGCUUUGAUUUAUGGAACACCUAGAGCAGCCACUGUCAAAGCAAAGACAAAUGUGAAAUUGUGGGGCAUCGACCGAGACAGCUAUAGAAGAAUCCUCAUGGGAAGCACACUGAGAAAGCGGAAGAUGUAUGAGGAAUUCCUCAGUAAAGUCUCUAUUCUAGAGUCUCUGGACAAGUGGGAACGUCUUACGGUAGCUGAUGCAUUGGAACCAGUGCAGUUUGAAGAUGGGCAGAAGAUUGUGGUGCAGGGAGAACCAGGGGAUGAGUUCUUCAUUAUUUUAGAGGGGUCAGCUGCUGUGCUACAACGUCGGUCAGAAAAUGAAGAGUUUGUUGAAGUGGGAAGAUUGGGGCCUUCUGAUUAUUUUGGUGAAAUUGCACUACUGAUGAAUCGUCCUCGUGCUGCCACAGUCGUUGCUCGUGGCCCCUUGAAGUGCGUUAAGCUGGACCGACCUAGAUUUGAACGUGUUCUUGGCCCAUGCUCAGACAUCCUCAAACGAAACAUCCAGCAGUACAACAGUUUUGUGUCACUGUCUGUCUGAAAUCUGCCUCCUGUGCCUCCCUUUUCUCCUUUCCCCAAUCCAUGCUUCACUCAUGCAGACUGCUUUAUUUUCCCUACUUGCAGCGCCAAGUGGCCACUGGCAUCGCAGCUUCCUGUCUGUUUAUAUAUUGAAAGUUGCUUUUAUUGCACCAUUUUCAAUUUGGAGCAUUAACUGAAUGCUCAUACACAGUUAAAUAAAUAGAAAGCGUUCUAUGGAGACUUUACUGUUACUGCUUCUCUUUGUGCAGUGUUAGUAUUCACCCUGGGCAGUGAGUGCCAUGCUUUUUGGUGAGGGCAGAUCCCAGCACCUAUUGAAUUACCGUAGAGUAAUGAUGUAACAGUGCAAGAUUUUUUUUUUAAGUGACAUAAUUUUCCAGUUCUAAGCAUAUUUAGACUGUGGCCAUAUAUGCUGUAUUUCUUUGUAGAAUAAAUGGUUUCUCAUCCAGCUCUAAAGAUUAGGGAAAAUGGAUAUAGAAAAUCUUAGUAUAGUAGAAAGACAUCUGCCUGUGAUUAAACUAGUUUAAGGGUGGAAAAAUGCCCAUUUUUGCUAAUUAUCAAUGGGAUAUGAUUGGUUCAAUUUUUUUUUUCCAGAAUUUUUGUUUGCCAAGCUAAUCUGCCUGGUUUUAUUUAUAUCUUGUUAUUAAUGUUUCUUCUCCAAUUCUGAAAUACUUUUAAGUGUGGCUAUCUAUACCUGCCUUUUAAGUUUGAAACUAACUCAUAGACUACAAAUACUGGUUAGUAUUUAACUACAUCUGCCUCGGCUCGCAAAUUCCGAUUAGACCUUUAUCCAGCUAGUGCCAAAUAAUUGAUCAGAUGCUGAAUUGAGAAUAAGAAUUUGAGGUCUGCAAUCUUGGUUGUUAAUUUAGAGCUUUUGGUUAAAGUUUGUCCUUCAGCUGACUCCAGUAUAAUCUCCUCUGCUUAUUAAACUGAUUCCAGGAGAUUGGAUUUGCUAUGACUAGAUACAGAUGGAGCAAAUGUCCUAACCAAGAAAAGAGGUGAUGCUGCUAAAGGGAGAAAUGGCAGGCGGACAAAGUUCAGUGUCGGGAAUUUUCCCCGUGAGAUUCACUGGGGCAUGAGAUUUUGGAAGAAAUUUUUUACUUUGGUUUAGUCUUUUUUUCCUUUUUAUUUCAGAAUUUCUGGUGGGUUGAUGGUAGGGUAUAAUGUGUCUGUGUUGUUUCAAAUUGGUCUAAAAGGCUAUCCUGCUGAAAGUUCCGCUUUCCUGUCUAGCAUUUAUUUCUCUGGCAAACUUUUCUUUCUUUCCUUUCGUUUUUAAAGUAAACUUGUGUAUUGAGUCUUAACUGUAUUUCAGUAUUUUCCAGCCUUACGUGUUACAUUAUUCCAAUGAUACCCAACAGUUUAUUUUUAUUAUUUUUUUAAACAAACUUUCACAGUUCUGUAAUGUAGGCACUUUUAUUUUCGUUGUGAUUUAUAUAUAAGGUAAUGUAGGGUUAUAUUUGGGAGUGACUGCAAGCAUUUUUCCAUCUGUGUGCAACUAACUGACUCUGAUUAUUGAUCCCCUCUCCUGCCCUUUCCUAGGUAAUUUAAAUUGGUCAUGGUAGAUUUUUUUCAUACAUUUGAAAAACUUUUAGGUUGUUACCAAGUAUGAAGUAUAAAUCUGGGGAAGAGGCUUUAUGUACAUUUUAGGGUGGGUAAGAAAGCCACCUUGUUACAAAUUUUUUAAUUUCCAAAAUAAUCUAUAUUAAAUGAGUGUUUUCUGAUCUGUACUUUGUGUUUAGCUACCUUUUUAUAUUUAAAAAGUUGAAAAUUAUGUUCUUACAAGCUUAAAGCUUGAUUUGAUCUUUGUUUAAAUGCCAAAAUGUACUUCAAUGAGUUACUUAGAAUGCCAUAAAAUUGCAGUUUCAUGUAUGUAUAUAAUCAUGCUCAUGUAUAUUUAGAUACAUAUAAUGCUUUCUAAGUGAGUUUUACUCUUAAAUCAUUUGGCUUGCUGUUUACUCCCUUCUGUAGUUUUUAAUUAAAAAAUUUAAAGAUAAGUCUACAUUAAACAAUGAUCAUAUCUAAAGCUUUAUCUUUGUGUAAUCUAAGUAUAUGUGAGAAAUCAGAAUUGGCAUAAUUUGUCUUAGUUGAUAUUCAAGGCUUUUAAAAGUCAUUAUUCCUGGGCUUGGUAAGUGAAUUUAUGAGAUUUACUGCUCUACAAAGUAUAGAUGGCCAAAGGACCGUUUUGUAUUGCUUCCUGAUUACCGGUCUGAUUAUACCAUGUGUGCUAAUAUACUUUUUUUGUUAUAGAUUGUCUUAAUGGUAGGUCAAGUAAUAAAAAGAGAUGAAAUAAUUUAAAUUCUUA